AUGGAAUCGCCGGGCGUGGACUUUUCCACCGCGGCCACCUCGCUGCUGCUGCAGUCGCCGUUGCCGCCGGUGCCGGCGGUGCCGCCGCCGCCGCCGCCGCUGCUGCUGCCCGAGGAGACGGACUCGCUGGACAUCGCGGUGGCGGUGAAGAAGAAGCGCCGGCCGUACCGCCACAGGAAGUUCGGCUGCACCGUGGCCGAGCAGAUCAUGAGGGCGGUGGCGGCCACCAAGGAGCGGCGGGGGCUGUCGGUGGCGGCCGUCAAGAAGCUGCUGUCGGCCAGCGGCUACGACCUGGCUCGCCACAACACGCGGGUCAACCGCGCCGUCCGCACCCUGGUCAGCAAAGGCUCGCUGGUGCAGACGACGGGCAGCGGCGCCUCGGGCUCGGUCCGGCUCGGCAAGUGCCCGCAGGACGUGGUGGCGGCGGCGGCGGCGUUCAAGCUGCCGCUGGGGGCGGCUGCUCGCCGGACGGUGUUGUCCAGGAGGCCGGCGGCCAAGAAGUGCAGGAGGCUGGUGGCGAGGGGCGGCGGCGGGGGCAAGAAUAGGCGGCGGCGCAGUCAGCUGAAGAAGGCUGGUGGCCGGCACCACAGGAAGGCGGGAGGCGGCGGCGGCUUGAAGAAGGUGACCGCCCGCUGGAAUACGGUCCGGGCGAGGAGGGCGCUGGCCAAGGGCCGCACCUUCAGGCGAAGGGCCAAGGUGGAAGCGAAGGUGGCUCGGGACAGCGUCAAACCCACGGACCUGGUGGACGAGAAAGCGACUCUUUCGCAAAACACUGAACCGAACAAGUGCUGA